UCCAUGAUAGUAUCAAUCUCACCUCUGAUACAAAUAAUAUAAUGAAAUUGAACAUCAAUGCCUGAACUGGGCGAGGAAGAAAGGCGAUCGCUUAAAGAGGAAAUCUCCAGUCUUGAAAUCCGACUAAAAGAUGCCAAAUCCCAGCUUUCGUUGCGGGAUGAUCGUAUCGAGUCUACGCACACCUUUGAUCUAGGCAUCUCGCGAGCAAUAUCAAGCCUACCUCCAGAUAUCGGAUUCGAGACUCUCCAUAUGUUAUUGAUCCUCUCCGACUCUGCUCUACCUCUCGGAUCCUUUGCCUUCAGCAGCGGCUUAGAAUCCUAUCUCGCACACCAACGCUUAUCAAACCGCGCUACCUUCGCAUCAAACGCAUCAAACGCAUCAAACUCAUCAGCCUUUCUACACUUCCUCCACUUAUCAUUGGGAUCUAUUGCGAGUACAACACUACCCUUCGUUCUCACCGGCCAUAAACAUCCCGACCAACUCCUAUGUCUGGACAAUGACCUCGACGCAUCCACGCCAUGCACCGUGGCGCGUCGCGCAAGCGUUACCCAAGGCCGAGCGCUCCUAACCCUAUGGGAGCGAAGUUUCCGCCGCCAACAUGUUCAUUCCUCCCCCUCGAAACGGGACGCCGGCAUCGACGCCCUCGAAUCCUUCCAGGUCUCGCUCCGAGAAGCCGGCAGAACCGACGGACGAGCACCCCAGCCCGCCUCCGCAUCCGCGGGGCCGAAAGAGCCAGCGUUCGUCACGAUGGGCCCAUCGGCGCACAUGGCGCCGCUAUUCGGCGUGCUGACGCGGGUUCUCGGCCUGCCGCUCCGCACGGCGGCGUAUCUAUACCUGUUCAGCCACGCGCGGACGGUGACGAGUGCGGGGGUGCGGGCGGGGGCACUGGGGCCGUAUCAGGCGCAGGAGAUCUUGGUCGGGGGGGCGGUGAGCGAGCGGAUUGGGCGGUUGAUCGACGAGGGGUGGGAUCGGAGGGUCGAGGAUGCGGGGCAGAGUGUGCCGGCAGUGGAUCUUUGGGUGGGGAGGCAUGAGUUGUUAUAUAGUCGGAUAUUCAAUUCGUGAGGAACGGGGUGUUCCUCGGGUGGAACUAUGAUGUCUACCUACACCGCUGGGAUAUCCGACUCCGGAACGGGACCGUUUUCUCCACGCUAAAAGCGGAUAUGAACCGUAACCUAACACGACCAAACGCCUGCAAAUGCUGUCCGGGAUUGACCCUAUCUACCGCCAGCAAAUCCAUCCCGCCCCCAUCCUUUCGCCCGCAUGCUCUCUUCAAUCGCCGUCCAGAUCCCCUCGACCACCUCGCGAUCCCGCCAUCGACCCUUCUCCCCUUGGUGCGGACUCCAUUUGUCAACGCUGGCAGCCUUGACUCCUCGACCCCAGCC